AACAUUGCACCAUGGCUUCGAAACAAUAUUUUCAUUUCAAUAGGCCAGGUAUAAAACGACGUAUAAACCGAUCAACUAACCACACUGAAGUCCAAGAGAGAAAAGCGACAAGCCGAAGAGAAAAUACAUCGCAGUUUGCCUUGAGUGACCAUGGUUAAGAAGGCAUCAAAGUUUGAGGUUCAUUCAGGGAACUCCCUGAAGGCCUCCAACUCUAAACACACCAAACUCUACUGUAAGCAAUCGUUACUUGUCCGUAAGUAUGACAUGAACAACUCAGCAGAGUUCAGACCUAAAGAUUUGGACAGCCAGCUGUGUGACUGGGAUGUUGGCCAUAAUGAUGUCAGCUACUCUCUAAACAAAAAAGGAAGAUGGCUGCUCCCAGAACUUAUUAAAGAUCACAUUCAUUCAGCUGAAGUGGGAGAACAAGACAUCAAAGUAUCCCUGCUUGAACAUCACAAGUUGAAGCGUCAGGCAAACUGUGUCAGCUAUCAUGCGUCCAAAGGGGAGACAACAAGUAUUGUCCCCAAGAAGGGGUAUUUUGACCAACGUAGUGUCAAUGGCAGACGCACUCCAAGACAACGAAAUAGAAGAAGCAGGCAAACCCGACAUGAGGAAGAAGAGGUAGAGGGAGAACCCAUUCCAGUUGAACCACAAAUUAUCUACGAUGUGUUCUACCCUUGUAGAAAGACAAGUUCCAUUACCCAUAAUCCCAAGUAUAUCUGUAAAGAUGAUUUUUAUGGUCAUGCAAAUCGAUCAGCAUACCGCCGUUCUAAGCUUACAACAUCCAACUAUCUGGAAAUUUAUGAUGAAGAAGUCAAUGCUGAGGAAAGUUUAGAAGACGUGGAUUUUGAUGAAGACUUGUCUGUGUUUGAUGAUAAUCUGGAUCUUCCAAUUAAUUCGAACCAUUUAGAAUCUAGUUCCCACAUACUUGAAGUUCUGUUGGACAGAACCCUGAAGGCUACAGAUCUUUGUGAUACUAUAAACAGUUAUAUUUUCCCCAAAACUCAGUGCCAGGAAAAAAAAUCAUUGAAAGACAAAAAAGACUGCAUUGUGUAUCUAGAUGAAGACUUGCCAGCUGAUUUCUACCCAAAACCCAAACAGUCUCUUCCAACAAUGCCUACACAGAGGAUUUCAGAAGUUCAAACAGUCCAUUCUGGUAGUCAGACUGUGAUGCCAACCUGUCGAGUACUUUUAAGUUCAGAAAGUGUUUCUUCCAGUUAUCUCCAGGAACAUUUUCAAGACAAAUACUAUGAAGCUGACUGCCACCCUCGAAAGUUUGCUGUUGACUUCACACAAAAAGUCACAGAAAUCUGUCAGAAGAGAAAAUUAUUGUUUCCCAAACAAAAGGCGUGGUCAUGGUUGAUUUUCACAGACAAAGGAACGUAUGACAAUGGACUUAAAGUCUUCAGGGUACAUUUAAAUUCUGAGCUUGGAUUUGAACAACCUGCUUUGGAGACCCUGUUUGAGAUGAAUUUCUACACAAUGGAUGAGGUUUGUGAGAGUGUGGCCAUGUUUGUGGAAAGCUGCUCAGUGGACAGUAUUCAGAAACUGGAGCCUGUUAUGUGUGCCACGUCCUCUCGUCCUGCCUUGACAUUUGAUCUCUUGAGGUCCUUGAAGCAAUGGAAACAGCAGACCUAUCACAGCAGCCAGUCCCACCAGAAAACAUUUGCGGACUCUUUGCAGAAAUUUAGCCAGAAGGAAGAUGAAAGCCCCACAACUCCUCAGAAUAGUACAGAGUUCUGCAACAUUUGCUUUGCAUCAAUCGACUUCAGUCUCCUUGAGAGUGAGCCCGCCACAGCUCUGCAGUCGUGUGAUCACUGGUUCUGCAAUACCUGCUGGCGGGAACAUUUCCAGACUUCAAUUCAGCGAGGGGUCCUUAGCCUACAGUGUCCGGAAUUUGACUGUACCACUCAAGCUGAUAACAUUACAGUCCUGAGUCUUACCUCAGCAGCAGAGUACAAGAAAUUUCUACAGCAUUGCCAUGACAACAGGGUUCAGAGAGAAACUGAAACAACCAAAUGGUGUCCAAACCCAAAAUGUGGAAGAAUUUUAAAGGCCUGGACCAAUGAUCCCAAGGUCAGUGAUGCUAAGAUGUGCCUGACGUGUGACUGUGGACUAAGCGUUUGUUUCCAGUGUCUUGAGGAAGCCCAUUGGCCAGCCACAUGUCACCAAGCCAAACAACACAUGAGGAAAAUGAAAGAUCUAGGAGAUGAAGGAGCUUUCUUGUUUCUGAAUACUGAUACCACUUAUGUGGUUGAUGUGAAAUACUGCCCAAAGUGUUACCUGCCUAUUAAUAAAAAUGGCGGAUGUCCAUAUAUGGAGUGCCGUUGUGGACAUCAGUUUUGCUGGUUGUGUUUAGUUCCGUGGGCCAGUCAUAGAGCAUGCAUGAAAGCAGGAAACUCAGACAAGCAUGGGACAACGAAAAGAGUUCUUCGGCAUGAGCACAAUCUGAAGAAUAGACCAAAGUUCUACCUGAUUGCCCUGACUCAUAGAUACUAUCGCCAGCCAAAGAUGAUGAAAAUCUUCAGGAAAAAUGAAAGGGUCCUGAAGAAUUUGCUGAAGGAUUGGGGUGUGAACCACUUUUUCGAUAUAGAAUCAGUUCUUGCAGAGUAUGGGGCAAAGGCAGGAAGCCUGGAAUCCAUCCAAAAGGCUGUGGAAGACAACAUCAGUCAAAUUGCCAACUUGACCUUGGAGAUACACUUUGUUAUUGAGAACACAGCAGUACUCCUGCAGGAUGGCAUGACUGGAACUCACACACAAUUACUGUGGCACAUCAUUGACAGGAUGGAAUUUAUCGCUGGCAGGUUUGAGCAGAUAUUUGAAAACAGAGGCAAUCAGGAUUUGAAACCAGUGCUUGCCAAGUUACAGCAAUUGCAGUCUGCAGCAAGAAGAUGUUUAGUUUCACUUAUUUCCUCUUUGGCAGCCAUUAAUGCACAAUAAACUUUAAACACAAGCUUCAUUUCAAGCAGAAAUAUAGAAAAAUACAAAUGAGUUGAAAGAUAACAUUCGUGUCAAGGGGAUGCAUAUGUUGACUGAACAAACUAAACUUGUUUUAAUGAUGAAAUAAGCCUUUGUAUCUUGAGUGGCCCAUAUUUCAGCUGUCAACAUAUUGCAGGCUAUAGCAGUUAUUGUGAAUUUUUUUAGAUACUGGUUUUUCUUUUAAGUUUGAGUUUCGUACUGCUGUUCUGAAAAAGUAUUUUGAAAAAGUUGUGAUAUGCUAUUUUGUGAUAUUGCCUGUAUUUAAUUCAUUAUUGUAAUAAACUUGACUUCUUUAUUUAUA